UUCCUAUAGUAGUAUAUAGUGCUGAUAACUUACACUUAUCUCCCAACAAGUCACAGGCAGCACGGUAGCUAACGAUGUAUAGAUAAUAAGAGAAAUGGAUGUUAAUAAGGUGAAGAAAGCACGGUCCAUAGUGCUGGAUUGUGAAGAAGAAAUCAGAAAAGGUCCAUGGAGCGUUGAAGAGGACACCAUUCUCCAAAAUCACGUCGCCACCCACGGCGACGGUCGCUGGAAUUCCCUCGCACGCUCUGCAGGCCUGAAAAGAUCGGGGAAAAGUUGCAGGUUAAGAUGGCUAAACUACUUGCGUCCCGAUGUUCGUCGCGGAAAUAUAACACUCCAAGAACAGAUAACUAUUCUGGAGCUCCACUCUCGCUGGGGCAAUAGGUGGUCGAAAAUUGCUCGGCAUCUUCCGGGUAGAACAGACAACGAAAUAAAGAAUUAUUGGAGGACCCGAGUGAUUAAGCAAGCAAGGAAUCUCAAUUGUGACGUGGACAGUAAACAGUUCCAAGAUGCUUUGCGUUGCGUGUGGAUGCCCCGUUUGAUAGAGCGGAUUCAGCCACCAUUACCAAUACCAUCGGAAUUAACUCACGGCCCGGCCCAUAUUGCCACCUCGCAACUUGGCCCAAACCCAACCGCUCAGGCCCAACAUGAGUUUCAUGGUUCCUUGGAGUUAAACGCUCCUUUAGAUUCUGAACAUCAUGUUUGGGGUGCAUGCCACUGUUUCAAUGGGAAUAGCACGUUACCUUUAGGUGGUGGGGACUUGAUGGAAAGUUUGUGGGAUGAUUUGGAAAUUAAACACAAUUUCCUUGCGUGACGCAGCACAAAAACAAAGCCAAAUAAAGCAGAGCAAGUGUGUGCUAAUUUGGUGACUUUGAUGAGCAAAGAUUGUAAGUAAAAUCGCAUCAGUCAUAAGGGACAGGUCAAUGAGUUUGUCCUAGAGUUGCUUCUACUUUAAAAAGAUGCAUGCGCUUUGUCUUUUACUUUAUUAACCAAUAAAAGUAAGCUUCUUUAUGAUUAUUAGCUUUGGUAUGUGCUCUCUUCAGAGAGGCGAGUGGCUUGCUUUUACGUUUUAUUUUCUUUGGUAUGGAGUGGAAUGGUACGAGGGCAAUUAACCUGGAUUAUUACAAUUCUCUCUCUCUAUAUAUAUAUAUCCAUCCAUGUGUGUAUUAGUUAUUAUUCGGCUGAAUAAGCAUUAACCCAUAGAGUUACAUAAACGAAGAACAUUCGAGCCAGAUUCGAAAAUUGAAGAUUAUUUUUUCUCUAUCAAGUUUUCAUGAGGUAUCUUCAAAGAUUUCGACACUCAAAUCAGUGUUUACUAGACCCAACCCCUACCACAAGCUUGGUGAAAGAUGUGGAUCACCUCGACUACAACUCUCAGUUGCUUUUACGCUUGUACAAGAAGAGUUUAUGUAAAUGAAGCAAGAAUUAUGUGUUCCAUGUAAGAAGUUAUUACACGGGUCCCGUUCGAUAUGUCAAAAGCAUAGACGAUAAUAUGUUGUAUUUGGAAAAGUUGACCUUUUAUUUUUUCUUCUUUUAAACA